CAUUUAAUCCCAGUUGCCUCAGCCAAAAAAAAAAAAAAAUUGUGAGACAAAAGCAUUAGUAGAACUGUACACAAAAUAAUACCCAUUGUUUCCCCUGGCCCUGAAGUCUUUGAGAAACAAAUGAAAUAGCAUGUAAAAUGAAUUGCAAAUUUUAAAAGGCUAUAUAAUUGUGAACUCUUAUUGUUAUCAACAAUUACUGGGUUUUCUAGUUAGGUUAGCCAAUUUUGGAUAAUAUUCUUUGAAAGAAGCUUAAUGUUCUGUAUUUUAAAAGUAUUUUUAGUCACAGAUUGUUCACAUAAAAUAUAAUUAAUUGGUUGUUGUCUGACUUACUAAAAAACAAUGUAUUAACUUUCUGAAUUAAAACAAACUUUAUGCUUAAUUUUUAAUAGGGAGAAAGAACAAGAAACAUAAGAAGAGGAACAUUUGAUGGAAGAAAAGAAAAAGAAAAAACAGGAAGAAAAGAAAAAGAAGGAAAGUGCUCAGAAAAAGGCUGCUGAUCAAAAAACCAAAGUGCCAGAAUCUACUAAGACCAGUUCAAGCCAGCCCCAACCUGCUGGUAUCAGUACCAGUACUUCCACCAGCACUAUCACCAACAGCAGCAAUGGCAAACGUACAUCUGCCAGUGGCCAGCAGCCAGCUGCAUCCCGUUACCUGCCUCGUGAGGUGCCUCCACGUUUCCGCCAGCAAGAACAGAAGCAGCUGUUAAAAAGAGGUCAGCCAUUACCUCCUGGGACUCUUACCAGUGUAAGCCCAACACAAGGUACUGGACAACCAGGGGCAAGUCCUCCUCCUCUAACAGGAGCAGGUGGACAACAUCAUCCAAGUAAACUCCAGUCAGCCCUACAGGAUGAGGCUCAUGCUGUACAAAGCCGACAUAUUGAAGCUGAAAGCCCAGGCGAACAUAGAUGCAGACGUAGAGGCAGCUCUGCACACAAAAUAGCGUCUCCUAGGAUGGUUGGGCGACACCUUUCUUCAGAUCUCAGUCAUGGUGGAUUGGUAGACCAGUAUGAAAAUUCCCACUGGGGACAGCAGCCUACUUUCAGAAGUGAAGCCAACUGCACCUGGGAUAAAGUGAUAAUAGACAGGACUGACAAGGAGGCGUGGCCUUCUAUUACAAUAACUGAGACUGAAUCUGCUUCAGAAUGUACUACAGACAUUGACUCUGCCUCCAGCUGUGGCCCAGAGAACAGUAGCAUGGCUACAGGGAGUGCCCACGGCAACUUCACUGGACAUACAAAAAAAAAUAAUGGCAAUAAUGGCGCAAAUGGAGCACUCGUCCAAAGCACUUCUAAUCAGAGUGCCCUUGGAGCAGGUGGAGCAAAUGGUAAUGGAAAUUCAUCCAGAGUAUGGGGUGUGACCACAGGCUCCAACUCUAAUCUAGCUCACUGCUCUAUUAGUGGUGGGGAUGGGAAAAUGGACAAUAUGAUUGGAGAUAGUCGAAGUCAGAACUGCUGGAGUACUUCCAACUCAAAUGCUGGCAUUAAUCUUAACCUUAAUCCCAAUGCCAACCCAGCUGCCUGGCCUGUACUUGGACAUGAAGGAACUGUGGCAACAGGCAACCCUUCCAGUAUUUGCAGUCCAGUCGGUGCCAUAGGUCAAAAUAUGGGCAACCAAAAUGGGAACCCAACAAGCACUUUAGGUGCUUGGGGAAACUUGCUGCCUCAAGAGAGCACAGAACCACAAACGUCCACUUCUCAGAAUGUGUCUUUCAGCGUACAACCUCAGAACCUUAACACUGAUGGACCAAAUAACACUAACCCUAUGAACUCUUCAUCAAACUCUAUCAAUGCAAUGCAGACAAAUGGACUGCCGAAUUGGGGGAUGGCUGUUGGAAUAGGGGCCAUCAUCCCACCCCACCUGCAAGGCCUUCCUGGUGCUAAUGGAUCAUCAGUUUCUCAAGUCAGUGGGGGCAGUGGUGAAGGAAUUAGCAGUUCAGUGUGGGGGAUGUCCCCAAGUAAUCCUGCCACAGGAAAUAAUAAUUCUGGGUUCAGUCAGGGGAAUGGAGACACUGUGAACUCAGCAUUAAGUGCUAAACAAAAUGGAUCCAGCAGAAUAGAUCCAGCUGUGCAGAAGGAAGGGAAUGGAGCAAAUGCAUGGGAUUCGGGGCCUCCUGCUGGUCCUGGAGUUCUUGCCUGGGGAAGGGGCAAUGGCAGCAAUGGUGUUAGUAAUAUGCAUUCUGGAGCUUGGGGCCACUCAAGCCGUAGCACCUCAAGUGGUAUGAAUGGGGAAUGGGGAAAGCCCCCAAACCAGCAUUCCAAUAGUGACAUCAGUGGGAAAGGAACAAUGGGGUGGGAUAACCCUAGUGUUAUCAACCAGAAUCCUGCCAUACAACAGGGCAAUGAACAACUGAACUCUUGGGCCAAAGCUGGCACUUCUGGCACUGCAACAAGUGAAGGAAGUAAUGACAGUUCUGGAAGUCAAAAUGAAGGAAACACUGGGAGGGAAGGAGUUGGAGAAAACCGACGGAGAGAUAAAGGAAUUAUAGACCAAGGGCAAGUCCAGUUGCCAAGGAAUGACCUUGAUCCAAGAGUACUAUCCAAUACUGGUUGGGGACAGACACCUGUAAAGCAAAACACUGCCUGGGAAUUUGAGGAAUCCCCAAGGUCUGAACGAAAAAAUGACAAUGGGACAGAGGCCUGGGGUUGUGCAACUACUCAGCCUUCAAACUCAGGGGGCAAGAAUGAUGGGUCCAUCAUGAACAGUACAAAUACCUCUUCAGUAUCUGGGUGGGUUAACUCGCCCUCUGCUGCUGUUCCAGCAAAUACAGGUUGGGGAGAUAACAACAAAGCACCAAAUGGCCUCGGGGGUUGGGGGGACUCAAUAAGCUCUACUGCUGUCAAUAAUGCUGCUGCCAAAAGUGGCCAUGCUUGGAGUGGGACUGUAAAUCAGGGGGACAAAUCACCCACCUGGGGUGAACCUCAGAAACCCAAAUCUCAAAACUGGGGAGAUGGACAAAAGUCCAAUCCAGGCUGGACUUCAGGGGCGGGAGAUUGGACAGAUUCAUCAUCUGCCCUUGGAAAUUUGAGUGAUGGAAAAAAGAAUGGGUCAGGAUGGGAUACUGACAAUAAUAGAUCAGGUUCUGGUUGGAAUGAUACAAGAUCUGGGACCAGUGGAUGGGGUAGUAGCACAAAUGCUAAGAUUAAUCCAGGUACAAAUUGGGGAGAAUCUUUAAAGCCUGGUCCCCAGCAAAACUGGUCUAACAAACCCCCAGACAACAAUGUGAGUAACUGGGGAGGAGCUGCUUCUGUUAAACAGACGGGAUCAGGAUGGGUUUGUGGGCCAGUACCAGCCAAACAGAAGGACAUUAGCGAGGCUACAGGUUGGGAAGAACCUUCUCCCCCUUCCAUUCGACGUAAGAUGGAAAUUGAUGAUGGUACCUCAGCUUGGGGUGACCCCAGCAACUACAACAAUAAAACUGUAAACAUGUGGGAUAGAAACAAUCCUGUAAUCCAGAGCAGUACCACAACCAAUACCACUACCACCACCACCACCACCAGUAGCAACACAAACAUGGUUGAAAAUCUACCAUCACACCAGUCAAGCACUCAGCUCAAUCGAUCUCCACUGCUUGGUCCAGUUUCAACAGGCUGGGGAGAUAUGCCUAAUGUUCAUUCAAAGACUGAAGUUUCUUGGGGAGAAUCAUCAUCUCCUGCUGCUACAGUUGAUAAUGGCACAGCAGCUUGGGGAAAGCCACCUAGCAAUGGUGCAGGAUGGGGAGAUAAUUCUGAGCCAUCAGGGACAUUUGGAAGAACAAGUGCUUCAGCUGCUGCCCCAGCCCUGUGCAAACAAGCUUCAAAAUCUAUGCAAGAAGGCUGGGGCAGUGGUGGGGAUGAAAUGAAUCUCACUACCAAUCAGUGGGAAGAUGAAGAAGGAGAUAUGUGGAAUAAUGCUGCUUCACAAGAAAGCAACUCCUCCUGCAGUUCCUGGGGGAAUGCCCCAAAGAAAGGACUUCAAAAGGGCAUGAAGACAUCUAGCAAGCAAGAUGAGACCUGGAUCAUGAACCGUCUGAUUAAACAACUCACAGACAUGGGCUUUCCGAGAGAGCCAGCUGAAGAAGCUUUGAAGAGUAACAAUAUGAAUCUUGAUCAGGCCAUGAGUGCUUUGCUGGAAAAGAAGGUGGAAAUGGACAAGCGUGGAAUGGGAGUGACUGACUAUAAUGGAAUGGUCACCAAACCCCUUGGCUGCCGCCCACCAAUCUCCAAAGAGUCUUCCAUGGACCGCCCCACCUUUCUUGACAAGGAUGGCGGCCUAGUGGAAGAGCCCACUACUUCACCAUUUUUGCCUUCACCAAGCCUGAAGCUCCCCCUUUCAAACAGUGCACUCCCUAAUCAGACCCUGGGUGGGAUUGCCUCAGGGCUGGGCAUGCAAAACUUGAAUUCUUCUAGACAGAUACCAAGUGGCAAUCUGAGUAUGUUUGGCAAUAGUGGAGCAGCACAAGCCAGGACCAUGCAACAGCCGCAGCAACCGCCAGUACAACCUCUUAACUCAUCCCAGCCUAGUCUUCGUGCUCAAGUGCCUCAGUUUCUAUCCCCUCAGGUUCAAGCACAGCUUUUGCAGUUUGCAGCAAAAAACAUUGGUCUCAACCCUGCACUAUUAACCUCGCCAAUUAAUCCUCAGCAUAUGACGAUGUUGAACCAGCUCUAUCAACUGCAGCUGGCAUACCAACGUUUACAAAUCCAGCAGCAGAUGUUACAGGCCCAGCGUAAUGUUUCCGGACCGAUGAGACAACAAGAGCAGCAAGUUGCACGUACAAUCAAUAACAUGCAGCAGCAAAUCCAGCAGCACCAGCGCCAGCUGGCCCAGGCCUUGUUAAUGAAACAGCAGCAGCCUCCCCCUCCACAUCUCUCUUUGCACCCCUCUGCAGGCAAAUCAGCCAUGGAGAGCUUUUCACCCCAUCCCCAGGGUCCCAGCCUACCUGACCUGCAGACCAAAGAGCAACCGUCUUCAAUGAACACCUUUGCUCCUUACCCAAGUCUCGCUGGACUGAACCCAAACAUGAAUGUAAACAGCAUGGACAUUACUGGUGGUUUAUCAGUGAAGGACACCUCUCAGUCUCAGUCUCGCCUUCCUCAGUGGACUCACCCCAAUUCAAUGGAUAAUUUAUCCAGUGCUGCUUCUCCACUUGAUCAGAAUCCUAGCAAGCAUGGUGCUAUUCCUGGAGGCUUAAGCAUUGGGCCUCCGGGUAAGUCCUCCAUUGAUGACUCUUAUGGCCGGUAUGAUUUAAUCCAAAACAGUGAAUCACCAGCCAGCCCUCCUGUAGCCGUUCCCCACAGCUGGUCACGUGCCAAAUCUGAUAAUGAUAAAAUCUCAAAUGGUUCCAGCAUUAACUGGCCACCAGAAUUUCAUCCUGGAGUGCCAUGGAAAGGACUUCAGAAUAUUGACCCUGAAAAUGAUCCUGAUGUCACUCCAGGAAGUGUCCCUACUGGACCUACAAUUAAUACAACAAUACAGGAUGUUAAUCGUUAUCUUCUCAAAAGUGGAGGGUCAUCUCCAACAUCAUCUCAGAAUGCCACGCUGCCUUCAUCGAGUGCCUGGCCUCUUAGUGCCUCUGGCUAUAGUAGCUCUUUCAGCAGCAUUGCAUCUGCACCUAGUGUUACAGGUAAACUGUCAGACAUUAAAUCUACAUGGUCCUCCAGCCCAGUUUCUCACACACAAUCCUCUCUGUCUCAUGAACUGUGGAAGGUACCCAGAAACACUACUGCACCUACUAGACCUCCUCCAGGCUUAACAAACACCAAGCCCUCUUCUACCUGGGGUACCAGUCCACUUGGCUGGACCAGUUCUUACUCCUCUGGUUCUGCCUGGAGCACUGACAGUUCAGGAAGAACGAGCAGCUGGCUGGUACUCCGUAACCUCACGCCCCAGAUUGAUGGUUCUACACUGAGGACAUUGUGUUUGCAACAUGGUCCUUUAAUUACAUUCCACUUGAACCUGACUCAAGGAAAUGCUGUGGUCCGAUACAGUUCCAAGGAAGAAGCUGCCAAAGCUCAAAAGUCUCUGCAUAUGUGUGUCUUAGGAAACACUACCAUACUGGCUGAGUUUGCUGGUGAAGAAGAAGUAAACCGUUUCUUAGCACAAGGCCAACCACUGCCACCCACCUCCAGUUGGCAGUCCAACACUGGAACCAAUCAGACUCGUAUGGGCUCCACAAGCAGUUCUCAUGGAUUGGUGCGAAAUGAUGCAGGCCAUUGGAACACCCCCUGCCUGGGAAGCAAAGGAAGCAGUGAUCUGCUUUGGGGUGGCGUUCCUCAAUACUCCAGCAGCCUUUGGGGCCCGCCAAGCACCGAUGAUGGCAGAGUUAUUGGAAGCCCUACACCUUUAAAUACUCUGCUUCCUGGUGACCUUCUCAGUGGGGAGAGUAUCUAGGAAAACAGAUCAAUGAAAUGGAAAUAACAAUCAUCAGCACUAAAGAAAAAAGGAUAACCCUUUCCAGUCCAGGGCUUUACAGAGAAUCCAGCUUUAAUAGAUCAGACUGGCAGCCCUUUUUUAGUACCUCUGUCCAACAUUGACUAUGAAACUCUCCCAAAGUCCUUGUGAACUGUUACGAAAACAGUAUGGGCUACCUUUGGUCAGUUUCACAUGCUAAUGACAGGUUGUUUUUUCCAUGGCUCUUUGUUUUAUGUUGUCUUAUGUUUAUAUGGUAUGUUUGUGUUUUGUAUUUUUAUUUUUUUAAGUAUAAAAGCUGCUUAGAAUAGUUCUAUCAUGAAGGGCACUUUUCAGAUUGUGGGCUGGAAAGGGUUAUUUUAUCAAGGUGGGGAGGGGGUGGGAGGGAGAAGUGAAAGCCUAUUUAAAAUGAGCCUGUGACUAUUAUGCACAUUACCAGAGGCGGACCCAGUCACCUGAAGGACAUAAAGCAUGGUUAUAUCAUUGGUACAGUUAAGUCAUGCAACAAAUGGUGACUUAUGACUGUAAAGUACAGGUUAAAUGGAGGAGGGCGUGGUGGGGUAGGGGGAGUUUUCUUUCUCUGCUCCCAGGGAUCCGCCUAUGCACAUUUCCCUUGUUUGGUUAUUUUUCCAUGUCAUUUUUUAAAACCCCCAAAAUAGAAAAAGUUAAAAAAAAAAAAAAAAACAUAUCAAACAUGCAAAUACUUGAAUCCAGCAGGCCAAUAAUGAAAUGUGAACACUUUCUAAGUCUAAUUUUACACUUCCAGGUUGACAUCAAUAUACAGAAACAGGCUCUAGGAAAAAAUUUCUAAUUUCAUAUACUAUUGUGUAUGUUGGAACAGAAGUGUGUGUGUGUGUGUGUGUGUGUGUGUGUGUGUGUGUGUGUGCAGGCACGCACACAUGUGCACGUGUGAGAGUGCUUGUAUAUGCACAUAUAUGUGUAUGUGAGAAAGUGUGAAUGAUUUAACAAUGUGGGGUUUUUCCCUUUUACUCAGUAUAUGCUUUUUUUUCCUCAUUGGUCAAACGUUUUAAUUGUUGUUAGCUUCUAACUUUGCACUGAGUGUCAGCAACCCUUCCCAUAGCUAAUCCUAUAAGUUUGAAAAAAAAUUAAUAGGAUGGGUCAGCGACAAUUCAUGUGUAAAUGUUUACUCAAGGACUCUGUUGUUGCGUUUAAAUUACAUUGUGUAUCUCUGGAGAAUAAUAUGUAUACCUACCUUUAGCAGCUUUUUAUUAUGGACUAAUGCAAGAAAAUUAUUACCGGAGUAUUGCACCAUUUUUCCAUUCGGGAUAUAAAGAUUUAAAAAAAAAAAAAAAAAAAAACUUUUUGAACUGUGGCCAUAGAUACUUGUAAAGAAUGGAUGGUUCCCUGCAAGCUGGAACAGAAACAAGCACUUGGGACAUAGGUUUAGACUGCUUUUAGAGGAGUCAAUCAUUUGGCUCCCACCUGUUUACAGACUUUUUUUUCUCAUUCAAACUUUAAAAUAAAAUUUUAAAAGGAAUAAAAAAAAAAAAAAGACUUCCAUCACUAAAGAAACCUAUUUUCAGAAUGAAGAUAUGCUACUUCAGAGCUCUGGGAUUGAACAGUGUUGUUAUAUUAUCCUUUCUUUGGCCAUUGUUGUGUACUUUUUGUUAUUUUUUUUCUUCCUCUUCGUCAAAGUGGCGAAAACUUUGUGGUCACUAUCUUGCACAUGGUGGAAGAGGUCUCAGGAAAGCCGGGUUUCCCGAGGAGCAACUCCACACCAUUUCAUGUAUUUUUAAACCCAACUCCUAGCACUGAAGAUAUUAUUUAAAAAAAAAAAAAAAACAACAACAACAAAAAAGAGACACAAAAAAAUACCUAAUCUAAUGUGUAGCAGUUACAUAUUUACCAAAUAAUGGACUCAAAAGAAAUAGAUGUUUGAAGAGUGCUUUAUAUAUUAAAAAAAAAAUUGCUUUAUGUUUAAAAAUGAUCAAUGUUUUGAUUGUUUUGAAAGGAAGAAAGACAAUGGAAUAGCAUACUUUCAAGUAUGUUUUUAAAAAUAUAUAUGAACAUUGUGCUCCCUGCCUGCUUGGAUCAGGAAACUUGUGCAUUACAUUUUUUUUUAAUUAACUUUUUAAUGGUUUUAUCAAAAAAAAAAAAAAAAAAAAAAGAGGAUCCUGAAAGAUGGCAAAUCAACAAAAGCUGGUUUUAUAGAGGAUCAUGAACUAUGCACAAACUGGGUUCAAUACUUUUUUCCUCAAGUUUUAGUAGUGUAUUUAGCUAAAUAAAACUUCCUCAGAGUAAUUGCAUCUCAUUGCCAUUACAUACAUUCUAUAUAUUUGAUCUAUAUAGCUGAAUAUGUAUAUCAAAUAUAUGUGUGUGUGCUUAUAUACAUACAAUUUUCCAUGCUGAAGUCUAGCAUUGAGUUGUAGAAAAACAAGUGAUAUUAUAAAUUGGGGAUGGAAGUAAAAUAAUCUGUGUUUAAUUUUUGUCUUUUAUUUUGCAUUAAAGAUGUCUGUAACUCUGAGAUUUAAAAGAAAAGUUUGUGGCUCUUAAUGUUUUUUUCCUCAUAGAAUGUGAUUGUUAAAGAACAUGCACCGAAAGUUGCUUUCAAAAGUACGAAGCUUCAUUGAUACUUAAUAAAUUGCAAUUUUUUUCUUGGC